CACCAACAGAGAAGACAUCUAACGGGGUAACGAAAAAUGGUGGUGAAACCCACAGUAGCUUUAAGAGGUAUCCUGGUAGGUGGAGUGGCGAUAUUCGCCAAAGUUGCUGGCGCGAUGAAGGCAGCUGGGGGUGUUAAGCUCGGUGCAGCCGCUACAGCCAUGACCGUGGCUGCAACCGCUGCUGUGUCUGGAUCUAAGCAAGAUCAAAAGGAUGAUGCCUCCAAGAAGACACCACCUUCUAAAUGAAUAAUAUUUACUCAUCUAUGUAAUUCUUCUUCCUUAAACCAAAUUAAUAAAAAAGGAGAAAACUUCAUACUAGUUUUUUGAAGGAUUCUUUGGUUUCUUCUGCAGAAAAAUUGUUAUGUUGUUGAAUGUUUUAUGAGUCUUACAACUUACAAGCA